GAGUCUCUCGUUCCGCUCGAGGUCGCAGAGGGAUUAGUCUAAAUUGAAAAGGUGUCAGAUCAGGUCUCCUAGCGCGCACGAUUGUCGAACUGCCUGGCGAGGAUCACAUUAUUUUCUUGACCUUCAGUAAAACAAGGAUUAUGAAAAGAGUCAGAGUUUGACUUUCAACCACUUAUCAGAAAGUCGUCUGGAUAUUGUUUCGCUAGCAGCAUAACUUCUUCAUACACACAUCUUCUGUGCGGUCUGCUCCUUGAGCCUCGGCUCCAAGCACCUGACAAACGCUAGCUGAGCACUACUCUACACUCUGCCAAUCCUUCAACAGGGACCGGAAAACCUGUGAACACAUUUACAAUACUGGUUGGCGGAAACAGCUGAGAACCCGACACACACCUUGCCCUAAGGACAAUUCCAGGCAGACUCCAUUUGAUUUACAUCAGGACAGACAACCAGGCCCCAUACACAAACACACACUCUGGAAACCAAGCAACCAACAGAAGGCAGAGGAACACAGCCUCUAACAACCAACUACCCCACCUAUCUCACCAUCUCACCCAGUUGAUGCCUAGCCUAACCUAGGCCCGUAGAUAAAAAUGUUCUCUGCUGGCUGUUCUGGUUGAUUCCUAUCUGACUGACACAGGCAGACAGACUGGCUGGUUUGGGCGCUUUGUGACGCUCUUCUGUAUGUUCAUCAUCAUUGUGUAUCCGAAGGAAUCAACAUGCACCUGACUGGGUAAGGUUGAGGCCUCGACUGCCAAGGACCACUUAGCGCGGUUGAGACAACUGACCUCGUAAGAACCGUGUGUGGUUACUGGUCACUGGUGUGGCGGUCAGUCAUGGGUAAGGAACAGGACUUCCUGGUGGCAGUGAAGAGUGGAGACAUCCUCCUGGCAAACAAACUUCUGGCCAAGGUUAAAUGCAACAAAACCAAGUUGCUGAGUUCCACAAAGAGGCUGAACAUCAACUAUCAGGACUCAGAUGGGUUUUCAGCGUUACACCAUGCAGCUCUAACGGGCACCACUGAACUGCUGUCUCUACUACUGGAGGCUCAAGCCACUGUGGACAUCAAAGACACCAAUGGUAUGCGUCCGCUCCACUAUGCAGCGUGGCAGGGUAAAGCUGACUCUGUGUUGCUGCUACUAAGAGCUGGAGCAUCAGUUAACACACCGUCACAGGACGGACAGAUACCUCUACACCUGUCUGCACAGUAUGGACACUACCAGGUGUCUGAGAUGUUACUCCAGCACCAGGCUAAUCCAUGUCUGUUGAACAAAGCCAACAAAACCCCUCUGGACCUGGCUUGCGAGUUUGGCAGACUCAAGGUGGCUCAGUUGUUAUUGAGCAGUAACAUGGUGGUAGCUCUGUUGGAGGGGGAGGAGCUAGACGGUCUAGACUCUGCCUCCUCCAACACACCCCUUCAUCUGGCCGCUCGCAAUGGACACAAAGACAUCAUCAGGUUGCUACUGAAGGCUGGUAUAGACAUCAACAGAGCCACUAAGGCUGGGACCUCUCUGCACGAGGCUGCCCUCUAUGGCAAGACAGAAGUAGUGCACCUGCUGCUGGACGCUGGUAUUGAUGUAAACCUAUGUAACACGUACAACCAGACAGCUCUGGACAACGUUAACCAGUUCACCACCUCAUCAGCCAGCAAGGACAUCAAGAUGCUAUUACGAGAAGCGUUAGGGUCUCUCCAGGUGAGAGCGGUGAAGGACUACUGGAACCUUCAUGACCCUACAGCCCUCAACCUCCGAGCAGGAGACCUCAUUAUGGUGUUGGAGCAGCACAUGGACGGGAGGUGGAAAGGUUAUAUCCAUGACAACCAGAGAGGAACGGACCGGGUUGGAUACUUCCCUCCGUCUGUAGUGGAGGUCAUUAGCAGGAGAGCAGGGGGUACUCUCUCACGUCAGGUCUCGUUGCCAAGCCAACGGCAGCAGCACUUCCUAUCCAGAGCUCCUCCCACCAGUAUUGGCUCCACCCCCCAGACUGAUGACUCCUACACCUUGUACUACGACCACGCAGGUACCUGUACACCUGGCAGUCUCCUUUCAGCCCCAGCUAGUCCAGCUAGCCCCAGUGAGGACAUAUGGGUCCUCAGGAACUCUCACACUGCAGGAGACAGGAACAGUGUUGGCAGUGCAGGCAGCAGUGCAGGUAGUGUGGGCAGCAGUCGUAGUGCUGGCAGCGGGCAGAGCUCCGAGAACAGCUUUGGACAGAACGGGUCACACACUCGCCAAACCGCAGCCACAUUGGGUUCCUACAUGGCCAAGCUGGCUCCCUCUGCUGGUGAAUCAGAACAGCAGUUUCGCUCAGUAGGACCAGUCCACAACAAACAACCUGAUGGAUCUACAGGUGGUCCGCGUCAUCAGGUCAGCGGUGGUACUCGGUUAGGGGAGCAGGGUGGCUUCAUGCGUCCAGAUCAGCUCCUGGAGGGCAGGGACUCUGAGGCCAUCUACCAAUGGCUGUGUGAGUUCCAGCUGGAGAGCUACACUGCUAACUUCCUUACAACAGGAUACGAUGUGCCUACUAUCAGUAGGAUGACCCCAGAGGACCUGACAGCUAUCGGUGUGACCAAGCCAGGCCACCGUAAGAAAAUCUCCAUGGAGAUAGGUAACCUAAACAUCCCAGAAUGGCUACCUGACUACAUCCCUUCUGAGCUGUCAGAGUGGUUGAGUGCAAUUGGUCUCCCUCACUACCAGAAAAGACUGUGUGAGAACGGUUAUGACACCAUCAGCAUCGUCAAGGAUAUCACAUGGGAAGACUUAUCAGAGAUAGGAAUCACUAAACUGGGUCAUCAGAAGAAGCUGAUGUUAGCCGUGAAGCGUUUAUGCGACCUGCAUCGUUCUCGUCACCAUGCCAUUGGCUCCGGCACGCUACGGUGUAGUAAACCCCUCGCGGCUCUGGAGCUGGUGGCUAUUGAGCCCCCCGAGCCCCCUGCCGACUGCUGCCCCCCAUCCCCCCACACUCCCAGGACACCCCUCCUUUCCUUUCAGGACAGCGAGCUGAGCACAGAGCUUCAAAACGCCAUGAUGGGGAGGGCAGGAGGAGGAGGGGUGGGGAUAGGGGGGUUUGGGAUGGGUGUGAGAGGUGUGGUGAGGGGUGUGGUGUCGCCGAUGUCACUCAGCCAGGAGAGCAUUGGAACGCGCUCCCGCGGAUCUGGGAAUUCUGGGAAUUUUCCGGGAUAUUCCCAAGAGCAUCACCAACAGACUCUGGCAUCGGCUGGAGCGUAUAGUCGCUCGGACGAGAGCCUGGGGGGAGUGGGAGGAAGAUGGGCGAGACAGGAGGGAGGAGCGAGUCCAGAGAGAGACAGGCAGAGACCCACAGAGUUGUGGUCAGACCAAAUGCGCCAGCCCCCCAUCACCCCUCCUCUCACCCCCAGCAAGAUGCCCCGCUUCGCCUACCCAGCCGGGCCCAGUAAACCCAAACCCUGCCAGUCCCCUGCCCACGCCCACCGCCCCUCCUUCUCUCCCCAGGCCUCCCCCACACAGAGGACCUUCAGUUACCUCCACACCCAGGGAGGAGGUACCGAUCUGGGCCAGCGUGGUCUACCCAAGCCCCAUGCUGGAGCUGUCCCCCUGCCAGGACUAGAGGCCCUUAAGGGCCCUAAGAAACGCACCCAGAGUCUGACCCACUAUUCCCUGUCAGAUGGAGAACCGGAAGACGACGAGUUAUUGGCGCAGGAAUCCGUUCCCCCGGUGACCAUGCCCUCGUAUGCCACACUAGGGCGAAAACCAGGCCGCGGUCAAUCCUCCGCAGUCCAACGCCACAUCAGCCGGAGCCACACAUUCGCUGUGCGCUCUCGCCGCAAAGGCCCGCCCCCACCGCCACCUAGGAGGUUGAGCUCAGUGAGUGGCAGCCAGGCCAACGAAUCAGGAGGAGCGGCAGUAGUGUCAGUGGAGGUGGAGGUGCCAGGGGUGGAGACUGAGAGUGCAGGCAGUGUGAGGAGCAUCGCAGCCAGGCUACAGGGGUCCGGGCCCAGGGGCAGUCCCCCUAAGGGGGUAGAGUUAUCCUCCCCACGCACCCCCACCCUCGCCUCCCACAAACCUGUACCCGCUCUGGGGCUGGAAGGCCUGAGGAGGAUGGGGAGCGAGCGGAGGGAUAGAGAUGGAGGAAUAGAGAGAAUCCAAGAAGAGGAGGGGGAGAGAGGGAGGAAGAGUGGUUCAGUAUUGGAAAGCUCUACGUCGCUUCAGAGGAGCUCCAGUGAGAAUCUCCCCUUCGCAGAGGAGGGCAACCUCACCAUCAAACAGCGGCCCAGGUUGGGAGCAGGUUGCCAGGCAGAGCCUGAAAUCCAACCCCAGGCUUCUCUAGAAGACCCAAAGAUGCAGCCCCCAAAGUCCCUGGAGGUCCCAGAGUUCAACCUCAAAGAGUCGGACACGGUCAAACGGCGGCGUCAGCCCAAAGACCGGGACACACACACACUGGACAAGAUCUUCACCCCCAGCGAAGAUGACGCACACACACAGCCCCACACACACAGCUGGUCCAACGGCUUCCACACACACACAAACAGAGACAUAAAGAGUGAGGAGGAAGCAGGUGUGGGGUCAGAGCGCAGUUUACAGAGAGUAGGAUCGACAGGGACAGGCCAGAAACCACCUCUGUCCUCCAAACCAACCAGCCCUCCACUCAAACCAGCUGGUCAACAGAUACACACAACUACAUCUAAACCAGGCAGUCAACAGAUACACACAACUACAUCUAAACCAGGCAGUCAACAGAUACACACAACUACAUCUAAACCAGGCAGUCAACAGAUACACACAACUACAUCUAAACCAGGCAGUCAACAGAUACACACAACUACAUCUAAACCAGGCAGUCAACAGAAGACAGCAACAACGUCCAAAUUAACCACUCCUAUACCAGCCAAUCAACAAAUACACACAACUUCAUCAAGACCAGCCAGUCAACAGACACGAGCAACUAUCCAUAUACCAGCCAGCCCACAAAAUACACACACAACCAACUCUAUACCAAUCAAUCCACAGAAACUAGUAACAGCAACCAAACCAGCCAGUCCACAGAAAACAAUAACAUCCAAGCCAGUAAAUCACCAGACGCCUGCUACUGUCUCUAGACUUCCCCAGCGCAGCACAUCCAUAACGUCAGCCCCUACAGCCCGUUCCCCUGGUGUGACUCUCAAUGUGGUCCAGAGUGUGGUUUUCACUUCCCCAGCCCAGGCAGCCCCCGUUUCAUCCUACCGCACCUCAGGGCCUCCAGGCCAGGCAGGGCGAGCAGUAAAGGCCCAGGCUGGUAAGGCCUGCUCGGAGGUACUGGUUCAGAGGAGGCUGGAUGAGACCAGCACGUCACUCGAGGAAGCGUUGAAAGAUGUAGAGAGGAAACUGGCUCAGGACGACACUAAUGGUGGCAGCGGCACAGUGAAAGCAGCAGGGAAUAUUCUGGAUGAAAUCGGCAACAUGUUUGGUGACCUCGCUGACCAGCUGGAUGCCAUGUUGGAUUAAAUCCUCUUCAUUUCACUCAAGGCAAACUGAAUAGGAUCAGCUGGGUUCAAUGGAUUGGGUUGGGUUGCCUAGAUACCUAGGCUUUGACCCAAAUGGCACCCUAUUCACUAUAUAGUGCACUACUUUGGACCAGAGCCCUGUGUGCCCUGGUCAAAAGUAUUGCACUAUAUAGGGAAUUAGCGAGCCAUACAGAACGGUGCCCUAAACUUGCUUAGACUGAUCUGCAUGUUUCCAACAUCCACUCUCAUAGGGUGGAUGACAGAAAGUACGAGGGAGGCGAAGAGAGAGGGGAAAGGAAGGGUGAGGGAAUGUGAAAAGAUGAGAGAAGGGAGAGGGGAGCCGUAGGGUUGAGGAGAGCAGGGAGGCACAAUGUGGAGAGCAGAUAUCUUACACAAACACUUUGUCAUCAGAAUCUUUUACACAAGCGCUUACUGAGGGAUACAUCUUACUGAGGGAUACACCUUACUGAGGGAAACACCUUACUGAGGGAUACACCUUACUGAGGGAUAUAUCUUACUGAGGGAUACACCUUACUGAGGGAAACACCUUACUGAGGGAUACAUCUUACUGAGGGAUACACCUUACUGAGGGAUACACCUUACUGAGUGAUAUAUCUUACUGAGGGAUACAUCUUACUGAGGGAAACACCUUACUGAGGGAUACACCUUACUGAGGGAUACACCUUACUGAGGGAUACAUCUUACUGAGGGAUACAUCUUACUGAGGGAUACAUCUUACUGAGGGAUACACCUUACUGAGGGAUACAUCUUACUGAGGGAUACAUCUUACUGAGGGAUACACCUUACUGAGGGAUACAUCUUACUGAGGGAUACAUCUUACUGAGGGAUACACCUUACUGAGGGAAACACCUUACUGAGGGAUACAUCUUACUGAGGGAUACACCUUACUGAGGGAUACAUCUUACUGAGGGAUACAUCUUACUGAGGGAUACAUCUUACUGAGGGAUACAUCUUACUGAGGGAUACAUCUUACUGAGGGAUACAUCUUACUGAGGGAUACACCUUACUGAGGGAUACAUCUUACUGAGGGAUACACCUUACUGAGGGAAACACCUUACUGAGGGAUACACCUUACUGAGGGAAACACCUUACUGAGGGAUACACCUUACUGAGGGAUACACCUUACUGAGGGAAACACCUUACUGAGGGAUAUACCUUACUGAGGGAUACACCUGUGGGUUGUGUUGUUGGAAUAGCAUCAGUGAGAGGCACAAACACCAGGACUUAUCUAAACUGAAGCACAUAACCCUGGAUCAAUGGUUUUGCUAGGCAGAGAGCACAAUAACACAGAAAAGUGUACUGUGAUUUAUGACAUCGAGCACUGGUUUAUGACAGAGCAUGCGUUGCUUUGCUACAGCUUUGCGCUGAGCCAACUAGAUUUUACCAACGGAAUAAGGGUCCAUUUUUAACAUGUAUAUAUUGUAAGUUGUAUUAUAUUCUCAUCUUAAACUUUACCCAAUGUUACGUUAAAAAGUGUGUCAAUAUUUUUAGCAUGAGAUAAAUCUUUAACGUUCCUGAAAACUGAGAAUUUAGUUUACUUUGCAUUUGUUUUAACAAAGGGAGCACCUAUUUACUUCAAUAUUAAGUGUAACUAUGGCAUUUCAAAAGUACUUUAAUUUGUUUCAUCUUAUGUUAUUUAACAUGUAAUAUACUAUAGUUUGGUUGAUUAUUGUUUGAGUUGGGUAAGUAUCUAUAAGAUGACAUAUUAUCUGAAUUAAAUUCCAUGCACAUUU